GGUGGCAAUGGCUUUCUGUUGUUUAUUUUGCUUGAUUCGCACAUGAAACUUAGCGGUAAAUAGUUUUAGUUUUGGUUUCCCUGCAAGUAGUCUCACGUGCAAGGGCCAUGAGCGGAGGUCGAUGGAGCUUGUGGCUGCGGCGCCUUGGCAAGAACUUCCUGUACAGCGUCCCUGUCACUGUAGCCUUUCUUGACAGUGUGGGAUAUGUUGCCAAGGUGGAAGGCAUCUCCAUGCAGCCCUCUCUGAACCCCGAAGAUCAGAAAACGAACGAUUAUGUUCUUCUCAACAAGUGGGCAAUUCGUAAUUUCAAAGUGCAACAUGGAGAUAUCGUUGCAUUGACAUGUCCUCGGGAUCCCGACCAGAAGCUCAUCAAGAGAGUGAUCGCUGUGGAAGGAGAGACUAUCCGGUGCUCCGAUAGGCGGCGCUAUGUUUCCAUCCCCGUGGGCCAUUGCUGGGUGGAAGGUGAUCACGUGACACAUAGUAUGGACAGCAACUACUUCGGCCCCGUGUCCACUGGUCUAAUCUUCGCAAAGGCGUCGCACAUAGUGUGGCCUCCAUCCCGGUGGCAAAAACUGGAUUCUGAAACGACCCAGCUGGACAGACGACCCAUCCCUUGUCCCCAGCGCAGUUGGGAGACGGAUUGAAAAGUACGAGUGAUAGAUUUAUUGGUCCUCAUUUGAUGAUUAUAUACCAACAUGUUCGAAAUGAAUCUGCGUAAAUAAAGUUACUGCAAGAAA